AUGUCUAUCUUGCUUUCAAAUUUCUAUUUUUUUUAUAACUUUCUUUCUUCCUCUAUUUCACUGCAUUUCUAUAAAAUUCCAGUCUUCCAUUCUGUCUACUGUAUAUUUUCUUUCUUUCUUUCUUUCUUUCUUUCUUUCUUUCUUUCUUUCUUUCUUUCAUUCUUUCUUUCUUUCUUCGAAUUUGUCCUCUUUCAUUCUUUUGUUUUACUCUCUCUACUAUUUUUGCCAUUCACCUUUGUAGUUUGUACCUACCUCUCUCCAUAUGUGCGCAUCUAUCUAUCUAUCUAUCUAUCUAUCUAUCUAUCCUCGUCCCUUGAGAUCUAUCUAUCUAUCUAUCUAUCUAUCUAUCUAUCUAUCUAUCCUAGUCCCUUGGGAUCUAUCUAUCUAUCUAUCUAUCUAUCUAUCUAUCUAUCUAUCUAUUGUGACUUACUCAUUUUCCUCCUAUAUGAUACUAUCUCUCUAUCUAUCUAUCUAUCUAUCUAUCCUUGUCCCUUGAGAUCUAUCUAUCUAUCUAUCUAUUUGCUGUCUCUUUCUUUAUUCUUCGUCUUUUUUUAUUCCCUUAACCGCCAUUCUUACAAUCUUUUCCCUUUUCUUAUUAAUGUCUUUAUCUCUCCCUUUCCCACUUUUAUCCCAUCGUCCCUCUGCCCUUCUUCUUAUUCAUACUUACUAUUAUUCUCUGUUUUCCCCUAUUUCCGACUUUGGCAUUGUCAGAAAAUCAAUACUGAGGCUGCCAGUUGGGAAUUGCAUGGUGGCGGCCAUUUUGAUUGUUAG